GGGAAGACGACUUAUUUACCCUUGUUUCACCUCAGCAAGAAGCACUUCAAGCCCUGCUAGUCCUCUCAAAGGCCGCGGUUAGGCGCUUCGAACCCUGCUCCAUACCUCCAAGGGUUCGAAGGAACGUGAUGUGGAGGACCGGCGUGGAGGUGUGGGAGAGACUACCCUGGGACUCAGCCGAGUUAACACCUUUACCGGCCUCCCAUUCUGCUCACCGCCGAGCGGGGUUGUGGCUGACACGAGCCCUGCCAGUCUGCUGCCCCCGUGUUUGCUCUCCUCCUCAUCGGACGUUGUGGCUUCAUAUCGCUGCCUUAUCUCCAUCCUACUUGUGGCCCCAGGGCCCUUCCAACUCCGAAGUCCCGACACCGUCUCGCCGCCGCGUCACCACCCUGCCAGUGGCCCCUGGCUCUCUCCAACCGGGACUCUGUUGACGCUGGGCGACGCUACCCCGGGAAUACUAUACUUCUCCCGUGUGUAUGGGUGUUGAGGAGGCAAUUAAAUGUAAAAGCCACUCUAGUGUUUAUCUCGCCACGCACCCAGGGAAGCUGAGGGAUACCGGGCCUAACGAGGGACUUGAUCUGGCGUCCCCUCCACCUAACUACGCCUGGGCCCUGUCCCUCACAAGUGGCGACCUCGCCAGGAUUCCUCCUCCCUUCCGUGUGCUUCGAGGCGAGAUGAACCACCCCAGUCACCAUUGACGGUCAGGAUUGUCCCCUACCUCCACUUGCUGUUCCGGGCUCAACGUGAGUGUUUUGGUGACUGGUUUUUUGUUGUGUGAGGCUCUUUCUUUGCCUAACCAGGUGCGUCAUAGAUGACUCUGGUUCAGGGCCUCGUGAUUGUCAGGUGCAGAGUUUAACUCUUCUGACCUUGGACCCCUUCAUCCUAAUGUUUCACAUUAGUUUGGGUCGUGUUUCGUGCACUUUGGUGGUGAUUUAAUUCACCCCUUUUUUUUGAGCUGGUAGUCUCCAUUGUUUGUGUUUAUUUAUUUAGAAGGUUGAACAGCUUAACUGUUUUCAUUUAUAUUGUUUUGUCUUGUUCUGUUGAUUAGUACUCCGUUGAAGAUGUCGUCAAUUCAGGAACUAGUCAGCUUAGGACGACAGUUGGGCUACGAAGGGGACGACCUCAGGAACUUCGUCUCCGAGGAGCAGUCACGCCAACGGGACGAGCGGGAGCGUGAAAGACAAGAGAGGAGAGAAAGGGAAGAAAAGGAGCGAGAAGAGAAGGAAAAGGAGCGAGAAGAGAAGAAAAAGGAAAGGGAGCAUGCUCUUGCCCUUGAGUGGCUUAAACUUCAAGCGCCUGGUAACAAAGGUAUGGCCCCCCUUGGCGCCGACCCUGCCACUCGUCCCAAGCUACCAGUGUAUCGCGAAGGGGAAGAGAUAGCUUCGUAUUUCACUCGUUUCGAACGAGUCGCCUCUCUCCUCAAGAUUGCCGUCAGUGAUUAUGCCAUCUACCUAGGAAGCUUGCUUACCGGUAAACUGGCUGAAUUUUACACUUCUUUGUCUGCAGACGUUACAGAAGACUACAGCCAGCUGAAGGCAGCCAUUUUGCAGCACUUCCACCGGACAAGCGACCACUACCGCAGCGCCUUCCGUUCAGCCAAACUCGGUGCCGGGGAAACAUUCCAACAAUUCUCCACCCUUCUGGGCCGACACUUCGAUCACUGGCUCGACUCCAGCGAGGUAACUCUCUCCUUCUCGGAUCUCAGGUCCUUUAUGAUCCUUGACCAGUUUAUGGCUUCCGUCCCAGCUGAGUUACGGAUGUUCCUGAAGGAGAACAACAUUCGCACACUAGACGAAGCCGUAAAGCGCGCCGAUAUCUGGGCUUCUGCCCACCGCUACUAUUCAAGGUACCCUUCAGUGACUGAGCCCAACGAACGGCCGCUCUCUACUAAACCAUCGUCUUCAAAGGGAUCUCCAUCCACUUCAAGGAAAUCAUCCUCAGUUAAGUGCCAUAAUUGUGGAGAGCCAGGCCACAUUAGACCAAACUGUCCUCAAAAUCCUGCAUUAUUCAAACAAAAGCCUAAAUCUGACCCUUCCCCGGGAAAUGUAAAGGUCGCGUCCUGCCUCUCUAAACCUUCUUGUCAACAGUACUACACUACGGGCACCAUCAACGGCUCCAGGGUGUCAACAAUCAUUCGGGAUACGGGAUGCUCUAGGAUUCUAGUGUCAGAGGAAGCCCUGCCCGACGUGGACGUCUCUCAGUGUAACACCGUUCGCUGCUUCGACUACUUGGGACGAGCGGAUGAAUUCCCGGUGGUAAGGUGUUUCCUUCGCUGUCCCUACUUCGACGGUUGGAUCGACGCUGUUCGCGCCCCAUUAAAGUACUGCAGCGUCUUGGUGGGUAACGUCGAAGGAGUGCGUUCACCUGACGACCCGGACAACACCAAGAUCUACGAAGACACUGUAACUCCUCCUAUUCCAGUUGAGGUGGCGGCUGUCCAGACCCGUGCUGCCGCCGCUCGGAAAAUUCACCCUUUGGUACUCUCAAACCUUGAGCCUUUGUCUGUGACACCUAAAGAAUUCUCUGAUUUGCAGAAGGCGUGUCCUACUCUAGUAGCCCUGCGGAACAAGGCCGCCAAUGGUGAACAAGAUGUCACUCGUAAGGGCUGCACUUUUAGCUAUGAGGUAUCCGAAGGACUACUUUACCGGAUUUGCCUUUCGUCAAAUUGCCCAAACCUGCCUGGCAAGAGAUAUUUAGUGGUUCCUGCAGAAUGCCGCCGUGCAGUAUUAACCCUCGCCCAUGAGAGUCCUCUAGCUGGCCAUCUUUCGCACCGCAAGACGGGGAUGAAGAUCGGAGAACAGUUCUACUGGCCAGGUAUGUGGUCUGACAUCCGUAGCUUCUGCCAGUCGUGCGACAAGUGUCAGCGCAUGUCCGUCAGGGGAAGAGUGAAACCAGUUCCCCUGAAACAACUCCCAAUAAUUACAGAACCCUUUUCAAGGGUUGCUGUUGAUAUCGUUGGCCCUUUGUCUCCUCCAACCUCUGAAGGACACCGGUACAUCCUAACACUCAUAGACUUUGCCACAGGGUUUCCUGAAGCUGUCCCCCGAAAAGAAGUUACUUUCAUUUCGGUAGCUGAGGCACUGUUAGAAAUAUUUUCAAGAGUGGGUAUUCCCCGUGAGAUCCUGUCGGACCGAGGCACACAGUUUACCUCGCAGAUGAUGUCUGAACUCCAUAGGCUUAUAGGAGUUAAGCCACUCUUUACUACGCCGUAUCAUCCUAGUGGCAACGGGAGGAUUGAGAGGUUCCACUCGACUCUCAAGGCAUCUCUACGAAAACUGUGUUCUGACAAGCCUCGGGAAUGGCACCGCUACCUACCUGCUGUUUUGUUCGCCUUAAGGGAAAUGCCGAGCGAUCGAACAGGAUUCUCUGCCUUUGAGCUCCUGUAUGGAAGGACAGUAAGGGGCCCGCUUUCGAUCUUGCGCGAUUUAUGGGAGGAUAACAAGCUCACUACUGAUGAUCGAUCUUGCUACCAAUAUGUUAUAGAGCUGAAGGACAAGCUAGCGGACUGUGCGAAAAUCGCCGCUGAAAACGCAGACAUAAGCGCCGCCAAAUAUAAGACAUACUUUGACUUGAACUCCCAGGACCGACAGUUCAAGCCAGGCGACGAGGUGCUUGUCCUCCUUCCAGACUCCACUAGUAAGCUGCUGCUGGCCUGGAACGGUCCUUACACUGUCCUCGAACGUAAGAACAGAGUUAAUUACGUCAUAGAGGAAAAAGGGAAACCCAAGUUGUACCACGCUAACCUGUUGAAACGCUAUUACAGACGUGCCCAGGUGAACCAAGCCGCUGUCUUGGAUGAGAUCUUUCUCCCCAGUGAUGCACAGGAUGCCCCGGAGUUAACCUUUUCUCUAGCCGAGCCGGAACUUCUCGAAACGGCCGACGAUCUCCCAAUCACCCCGGAUGGUCGCUUGGAUCAGGCCGACUCGAACACCGUCCCGGAGGAAGUCGAACAACUCCUCAGCCAAGGGAUCAUCAAGCCUUCCACGUCACCGCAUUGCUCCCCAGUCGUCAUGGUCAAAAAGACUGCUGGCAACUACCGCCUUGCCGUCGACUACCGGGUACUAAACUCCAUUACAGUUUUCGAUGCGGAGCCAAUAACUACCAUAACGGAAGACCUUCAUAAAUUCUACGGGAGCAGGUAUUUCUCAGAAUUAGACCUAACCAAAGCUUAUUACCAGGUACCACUUACUGACCGAGCUAUGUGUCUUACAGCCUUUCCGACACACCUGGGGUUGAUGGAGUUCUGCCGCCUCCCAUUUGGACUUGUUACAGCUUGUGCCACUUACAUCAGAUUGAUGCGACUCGUCCUUGCUGGUCUGGAAGGAGUAACUUUCUACUUUGAUAAUAUAUUCAUUUUUGGCUCAACUUGGGGAAAACAUCUCGAUGCUCUCAACUCCGUCCUCAUCCGUCUCAGACAGCAUGGUCUUACCGCCCGUCCCUCGAAGUGCCGGUUUGGAUUCGGAUCAAUUGAGUACCUCGGAUUCAUCGUGGACGGCAACACCCUGCGCCCUCAGGAAAACAAGGUAUCGGCCAUCUCUUCAAUACCACCUCCUUCUAAUAAGAAGCUGCUUCGAUCCUUUCUAGGCAUGAUAUCCUUCUAUAGAAUGUUCAUCCCGGAUGCAGCCUCAUACACCAGCAGCCUGUCGGAUCUUCUGCGCAAGGGCGUCCCCGAACCACUUGUAUGGACCGAGGAACUACAAGUAUGUUUCGAACGUCUGAAGACUGCUCUACACUCCGAUCCAGUAUUGAGGUUGCCGGACCAGACUCGCCCUUUUGUGCUACGGACGGAUGCUUCAAACCAGGCUUUGGGAGCUGUCUUGCUGCAGUUCCACCAAGACUGCCCUCACCCGGUGGCUUAUGGCAGCCGGAAACUAUUGGAUCGGGAACGACGGUACUCCACGAUUGAGAGGGAAUGUUUGGCCGUUGUUUCUGGCAUCAGACACUUCGAUUACUACCUUCGAGGUAAAGAGUUUGUGCUGGAGGUAGACCACAAGCCUCUAGUAUACCUAACACACUUCAAGGGGGGUAACGACAGACUCCUCCGUUGGGCCCUUUGCCUUCAAGGUUAUAGAUUUAGGGUAGUUCAUAUUGCUGGGGAGAAUAAUAUCGGUGGUGACCUUUUAAGUAGAUCAGAAUAAUCGUUGGGGUAUAUAUUUGCUUGUCCUUUUCCGGGUCGUACUAGGUUUUCGUUAUUGGUGGUGUUGGAUAAAGUUAUUUUGCUCAUAUUUCGUUGUUCUGUUGGGUUUUGGUUUUCUUGGUCGGGGUUUAGUCUUCCCUUCAGCUUAUCUCGAUUCCCUGUAUCGAGUCUUGUUAGGGGGGAUGUGUGAGGGAAGACGACUUAUUUACCCUUGUUUCACCUCAGCAAGAAGCACUUCAAGCCCUGCUAGUCCUCUCAAAGGCCGCGGUUAGGCGCUUCGAACCCUGCUCCAUACCUCCAAGGGUUCGAAGGAACGUGAUGUGGAGGACCGGCGUGGAGGUGUGGGAGAGACUACCCUGGGACUCAGCCGAGUUAACACCUUUACCGGCCUCCCAUUCUGCUCACCGCCGAGCGGGGUUGUGGCUGACACGAGCCCUGCCAGUCUGCUGCCCCCGUGUUUGCUCUCCUCCUCAUCGGACGUUGUGGCUUCAUAUCGCUGCCUUAUCUCCAUCCUACUUGUGGCCCCAGGGCCCUUCCAACUCCGAAGUCCCGACACAGUCUCGCCGCCGCGUCACCACCCUGCCAGUGGCCCCUGGCUCUCUCCAACCGGGACUCUGUUGACGCUGGGCGACGCUACCCCGGGAAUACUAUACUUCUCCCGUGUGUAUGGGUGUUGAGGAGGCAAUUAAAUGUAAAAGCCACUCUAGUGUUUAUCUCGCCACGCACCCAGGGAAGCUGAGGGAUACCGGGCCUAACGAGGGACUUGAUCUGGCGUCCCCUCCACCUAACUACGCCUGGGCCCUGUCC